UAACUGAGAUGUGUGUAUAUAAGGAGGGGGUCUGAGCCUCAUAAAGUGCAUCAUAUCUGAAGAGGUAUCGUUUCAGAAUGAGGGGUGCUGUAGCUCUGCUUGUGUUGCUGUUCUGUCUGUCUGGGGCAUGGACUCAGGAGGAGAGUGGACGGGUCAGAGAGAGUGACAUCACUCAACAGGGACACAGUGCAGGGAGAGAGAGCCGAGGGAGCGAAGCUACAGAGGUGACCGGCGAACGUGCGACCAUGCAACCUGACAUCUGGGAUGAGAUGAAGGGCCUGAGAGACAUGGUGAUGGAGCAGAGAGAGAAGCUGAGGACGAUGGAGGGCAGAGUGACAGCCUGUGAGGGUGAGGUAGAGACACAGAAAAACACAGUGAUGGACCUAAGAAUCCAGCUGAUGGUCACUAAGGCCAAAGUGGCGGAACUGGAGAAAGAUAAUGCAGCCCUGGAGGCCAGACUGAGUGCCAGUGAGAGAGAACUGACCACCACUAGGAAUGAUGUUGAGGAACUGAAGAGACAGAGCACAGACAGACCAAAAGUGGCUUUCUCUGCUGCUGGUUUGAACGAUAAGGGACCCAUAGGUCCCUUCAAUACUGACGCCAACCUGGUCUACACCAGAGUCAUCACCAACAUCGGCAAGGCCUACAGCCCGAUUACAGGUGCCUUCACAGCACCAGUGAGAGGCGUCUACUACAUCAGAUUCACCGCUGCUCAACAUGGGCUUGGUUACAUGGGUAUAUCCAUGUUAAAGAAUGGGCAGGCGACCAUGUCCAACUAUCAUUACAAUAGCCAUGGAUACUGGAUCCAUUUAUCUAAUGGAGUCAUUCUGGAGCUGGAGGAGGGAGACGUGGUGUACAUGCGUCUCCCUGCGAGCUUCAGGCUCUAUGAUAACUCAUAUAAUCAAAACAUCUUCAGUGGCUUCCUGCUUUUCACUGUGUGAGAACAUCAGAAAUACUGUGAUGGUCUCAUGUGAAGAGGAGUUUGAAUGUCAGGGCCUCGCGGAGCCACAAAGGCUCCUCUUACGAUCAAUAAACACAUCUUGAAAAAAGGAAAA